GCGAUAGGACGGAAAGGAAGACAGAAAGCAAGCGCCGUUAUCCUCCUCGUUCCUCCCUUGGCGAUCCCUCUCCUCCUCCUUCUCUAACCUAACAUCGGCGGCGAGAGAGGGAGAGAUGGGGGUUUUGUCCAACAAGAUCGAAAGGGAGCAGCUGAAGCCCGGGGAUCACAUCUAUUCCUGGCGAUCCGCUUACAUCUACGCUCAUCACGGGAUAUAUGCGGGAGACAGCAUGGUCAUUCACUUCACAAGGGCAGCAGGCCAAGAAGUUGGAACAGGAACAAUAUUAGACCAAUUUAUCUUCAGCUCCUCUCCAUCGAAUACAGGAACCGUAUGUGAAAGGUGUGGUGAUCAGAGCAGGCUGCAUGGAGUAAUCAUUUCCUGCCUUGAUUGCUUUCUUUCUGGAGGCAAUCUCUAUGAAUUCCGCUACUCGGUCACCCCAGCCUUUUUCAUCUCUAAAGCUCGAGGUGGAACCUGCACGCUUGCAGCUUCGGAUCCCUCUGAUGUUGUCCUCCAUCGAGCAAGAUAUCUCCUUGAUAAUAAUGGGUUUGGCAUGUACAGCAUAUUUAAGAACAACUGCGAGGACUUUGCUAUCUAUUCCAAAACAGGUUUGCUUGUGGAAACUACAUUCAGCGUUGGACGCAGCGGACAGAUAUCGUCCCUGACCGCCGCACUAACUGCUGUUGCUUCCUCCCCUCUUCGCUUCCUGACAACAAGCCCUGGUGGGUUGAUAGCGGUAGCCGGUAGCAUGUAUUGCAUCGGUCGUAUUGUUUCCGAUAUUGGAAUCAGGCGGGAUGUCAAUAAGAUCCCCGUGGAAUCCCUGGUUGCACAAUUGGGCAGAGGUGAGCCUGAAGCAGUCACUGCCACCGUACCUGCCGGCUAGACUAAAAUGGUCAUCCUGUCCAAAAAACCUUCUUCUAUUCCUGUUUAUUUGAACUUAUGCAAUGUGUGUUGUUCGGACUGGUAUCAUCUGUGAUCGAAGGUGCUGCUGAUGCUUGAAUUACUCAGAAAAACAUUGGAAAUUGUAUGUUCAAGAUAUGAUAACUGCAUCCACUGUGAAGUUAUGCAUAAGAAUGUAAUGUAAAAAGGUUUGCUCUAUCAUCAGGAAGAGCUCAUAAUGAAAUUUGUUGCUUGAAAAGA